UACUCUUUAAACGAAGCAGGCUUCUUUCUCUUCAAGCUGCUGCCGCUUCAACGCCUGUUUGGAGGAAAUCAUUUCACAUUUUAAAGAUCUAAAUCCACGUUGAAUUCAAGGUCCGAAAUAGCGGAUAUCUAGAACAUGCCGAAAAACAAAGGUAAAGGAGGAAAGAACAGGCGGCGUGGUAAGAAUGAGAACGAAUCUGAGAAGCGAGAGCUCGUGUUUAAAGAGGACGGGCAAGAGUACGCCCAGGUGAUAAAGAUGUUGGGAAACGGCAGGUUGGAGGCCAUGUGCUUUGACGGUGUCAAAAGGCUUUGUCACAUCCGAGGAAAACUCCGGAAAAAAGUUUGGAUCAACACGUCAGACAUUAUCCUCAUAGGCCUGAGGGAUUAUCAGGACACGAAAGCAGAUGUUAUUUUGAAGUACAACGCUGACGAGGCUCGGAGUCUGAAGGCGUAUGGAGAGCUGCCAGAGCAUGCUAAAAUCAAUGAGACGGACACGUUCGGGCCCGGAGAUGAUGACGAAAUUCAGUUCGAUGAUAUCGGCGAUGAUGACGAGGACAUUGAUGACAUCUAACUUGGGGCUGCUGCUAAGGAGGAAGUGGACUUUUGCUUGAGGAUUCCUGAAGUCUGACCCCCUCUCUCUCGGACACCGCAGCUCAGAUUUAGGGCUUUCUUCACUAACUACACGACUGCAUCACGAUCUACAAUACAUUGUUAGUUUUUAAUGUAUUUAUAUGAAUUUCACUCGGAGUGGAAUUUAGUUUAAGAAUCUCUGGAUUCGCAGAAUAAAACCAAACAAUUUUA